AACGAACUCUGAACGCAGCAGUCGAGCCGAGUGCCAAGAACCCCGAGUCUGUAACUGGGGGACCGAGUCCCGUCCCGAUUCUCGAUUCUCGAGUCUUGAGUCCAAGGGAGGGGGUGACCAAGAGGGAAACCAGACGUGUCCUCGUUCCAGGACUACGACUUCGGCUCGAUCCGAUGCGAUUCGGCUGCGCUUUCGGUUCGGUUUCGGCUUUCGACGCACUGCACUCGCUGCGACCAGAGUUUUGAAGUUCCCGCUGGCCGAGUUUCGAAUCAGUUGCCGCCGACUUGUUGGGUCAUUUGCAUAUAAAUCGAUCAGUGCGCCAGUUAUCGGGCCAUCGGAACAAAAGAAAAACAUUUUAAUUAACUAACGAUCAAUUAGUAGAACUGGAUAAGAAAGUGCCGCGAUAAAACCGAGUGACUUCCCGAAAUAAAUAAUUUAUUAUCUGACUUUCCUGCCCGCAAUGUCAAGGACGUUGUCGCAUUGUCGUUGCCAUCCGCUUGGCUGAAGCUAAUUUCAUUGAGAAGGAGAGCGAGGGGAUCCUGCCAGAAGGCUGGCGCCCGACGGUGGGAAUUUCAUCAGCUGUUGUUGUUGUUGUUUAUUUCGCAGCAGCAGUCGGCCUAAUAAAAAUGCAAUUUUUAUGGUUAAGAAAAUAGAGCGCGGACGCCGUUGUGUUGCACAUUGGAAAUUGUGCAGAAGCCAGAAGAAAAUGUGUCUUGGAAAAUGGAAAAGCACGAGCAGCAGCUAUAACAUUGAGCCAGUGAUGUAAUACAGAGCAAAAGUGAAGCGGCGGCAAUUGGCAUUGCAAAAAAGAAACAGAUUAUACAAUUUGUGUUGCUGCUGCACUGAACUAGGACAACAGCAGCAACAACAGCAGCACUUGGAGCGGCAGCAGCAACAACUGUAGCAGCAGCAGCAGCAGCAACAACAACCACUAGUGAUAAAGACCGGCUGGCAACAGCGCAGCGGCCACUUGCAGCAACAUAAUUUCAAAGUCGGAGCGUGGGAAUCGCAAAUCACGGCAGUGGCAGCAACAACAGCAACCGCAGCAACAUCGACCACUCGUGGCUCUCCGGAUCGCUCAUUUCGCUCGCCGUUCUCGCGCUGGCGUUGCUCCGUUUCGCUCGCACCCGCCUGGUGAGCAGACGCGUAUAUUUGGAGGCGUUGGGGCGACCGCUCACGACAGUUGUGCUUGGAACGCUUCGGAGUGAAGAUCGUGCUCGUCCGAUCGGUGCGCGUGAUAAAUACACGGCGAACAAAAUUGAGUGAAGAGACAAUUGACAAGACACGAAAAAUCAUAAUAAACACAAGUGGAAAAGCAACUGCUUGAGAGCAAAAAAGAAAUUGUUUUUUACAAAUCUCGCACGGAAAUUAGCAAGCGUUCGCAAGAAACAAACCGCAUACAAUACUGAACAGAAAAAGAUAUUAAACAAAAAACCGAAAAUAUUUGGCUGCAAAUGUGAAGAGACGAGAGACAGCGGAUAUACCGAGUGAAAUUUGUGUCAUAAGCAGAGCCAAAACAAAACCGAAAAGCCAAAUUCAAUAAAAGGCCAUAAGUGACUGUGAAACUGUAAAGUGAUGUGUGGUAAUCGAAAAACAGCAUAAAGAAUGGCCAUAGACCUCCUGAUCCUGGCCCUGCUGCUCGUCUCGUUCCUGAUAAACCUGCUGGCGCUGUGUGCCUUUUGGAUAACGCCUGGCUUGAGGACCACCGCCAAUCGCUUCACGAUCAACCUGCUGGCCAUCAAUCUCAUUGGCUGCUGCAUCUUGGCCCCCACUUUGUUCCUGGGACUGCCGGGCAAGUCAGCGGAGAUAUCCACUUCCAACGCCGAGACCCUGGAGUUCUUCUCGAAGCCGGGCAACCAUCAGGUGAUACUUCGUCGCAAUGGCCAGCUGGUGGAGCAGGAUGGCGUGGUGGUGCGUAAGAACAUUAGCGAAAACGGCGAUACGGUGGAGACCUUCUUCAAGUGCAAUGCCACCUACUGUCGUGAGUUGACCAUCGAUGAGCGCGGAGAUGGUGGCUUUGUCAUCACGGAAACCGAGACCCACGAAGAGAACCUCUCGGCCUUUGAGAGUUCACCCACGGAGGCUCCCAUUUUGCCGCCCGUCCAACUGAGAUGUUGGUCCAUAGACAUGACAGCUGCGCUGGGAGCUCUGGCAGUGCUGCUCGUGGUGGGGGACACCUGGUGCGCUGUUACGGAUCCUCUGCGCUACCACAGUCGCAUUUCGGGCGUGAAAACCUGGAUCUUCAUAGCACUCACCUGGGUGGUGGGCAUACUCUUUGGAGCCCUUUCCGCCUUCCGAGUUUUGGACUUUGAGGCGGACGCCCUGUUCAGCAGACAGCGACGGCUGGCAGUCACGUACUUCAACAUCAGCAGCACCAAUAGUAUUUUCGGAGUGGUGUACGCCAGUGUCUACUUCAUCGUGAUCAUCCUCCUGCCCUUCGGAUUCGUGUGCGGCAUGUACUGGAGGAUAUUCAGUGAGGCGCGCGGAAAUGGGUUGCGAAUGCGCCAGAACGGCUCUUCGCCGCUGCUGCAGAGCGCCUUGAAUCUGACGGCUGGCCAGCAGGCGGCUCAGGCCAAUCAGUUCUCCAAUAGCUUGUGUGUUCAUCGGCAUUCCAUAUCCUCGGCCAGUUCGCAUGGCGGCAACAGCAGCUUGGGCCUGGGCGGUCUGCAAAUGCAAAUUGAUCAGCGCCAACAGCCGAGGAGUUCGCCCAGUUGUCUCCGUAGGGACUCGGCCGCGAAAGUACUUCUGCCCACCAUCUCGGAUGAUGGUGGCUCAGAUGCGGAAAGUGGAACCGGAGUUCAGCUGAUGCCCGUACAGGAGCACUCCCUGUCCGAUAGAAAUCAGAACAUUAUGCUGACUCUGCAAACAGCCAGUGGUGAGAUCAAGAGGAACUACUCCGCCAGACAGCUGCCCCUGUUGGGCACUUCUUCGCAGGAUCUGAGGGAAACGAAUCGCCUGCAGGGCAUUCGUCAGGUGCACAGUUCGCCCAAUCUCCACAAGUACACGGAACUGCGCCAGGACUCGCUCAGUGAGGAGUGUGGUUCCCCGCAUCUUUUGGGUCACGCCCAGCGGCAGCAGCAGCAGCAGUUGCACCUGCAACAUCAGCAGCAGCAGCAGCAUCAUCAUCACCAGCAACAUCACCCGCACUUCAGUUCGCCGCGCCACCAGCAACACGGCCACGCCCUCCAGAUUCCCGCCAUUCAUGCCUCCCCCAAGGCUCUGAGUUACAUGAGCUCCUUGCGACACCGUUUGAGCAACGCCAGUUCGCUGUUCAAAUACCGUGAGGAGUCGAGAGCCGCCCGCAUCAGCAUCCUGGUGGUGGUGAUGUUUGUGGUCUCGUACCUGCCCUUCGGACUGCUGGUACUCCUGCAAUCGCGACUGUCGGCUGCCAAUUUUGGCGGAUCCUCCCAGCUGGCCAUCUUCAUGAUCCUGCUGGCCAAUCUCAGUUCGCCAUUCAUCUUCGCCUACAGGAACAAGAGGGUGAGGCGAGGAGUCAAGCGGCUGUUUGGUCUGGAUUCGUCGUCGGGCCUGCAGCGCAACUGCAGCAGCAGUGUAAAGACCAAUGGCACCGCGGGUCCUGCUGCAAGUGGUGCACAAUUGCAGCGCAACAGCAGCAAGUUGUCGCAGUACAGCAGCAACAGCUGCAAGUACCUCACCCCCCAGAGCUCACUGGUCAGUCAAGUGCCGGUGCAUACGACCUUGACGUUAAGGCCCAACAGCAGCUGCAGCACCAUCAUCAAUUUCGGUGGCGCCAGGGGCUCAGCGGACUCCGAUGAGCAGCCACCGGCAACACCACCCCCCACUGUGGCAGUGGCUCCACCGCCCACACGACCGCAGCGCCCCAAACUGCAGAGGGGCAUCACCAUCGUGGAGCACAUAGCUAUAACACCAACCAUGCCCCAAAAGUUCCAGAAUCGGCGCGCCAGGCUCUUCGACAUGUUCUUCCGCAGCUCCAAGAAACUGCAGGCGGGCUGCCAGAGCCAGAGUUUGCCCACUGAGGUCUAAACGGGGGGUUAUGAUAACUAUACAUUUAGGAAGGUAAACAAACACUAAACUUGCUUGCUGAAGAAUUCUAAAAACAGUAUUCGUAAUUUGUAAGUCUAGCAAUUAACAAAGACAACUGUUUGAAUUUGAGUUUUAAGACCAGAUCAUGCUGUCCUAGAAGCUUCUCAUGCCAAAAAACGAAACCACAAAGAAAGUCAAACUAGAAAGUUUGAGAUGCUUUAAAGUAACAAAAAAAAAAAAAAAAACAAAACAAAGUACCUUUUAAAAAAUAGAAAACUGUGUACAAGUCAAAUUAACAAAGAUUGAGAGUGAUGGGAGUUAUAAUCUUAGGGUGGAUAUCAAACUGAAAAGUGGAACCAAGCCAAGCCAAGUUGAGAUCGUAAUCAAUGUACCUAAGCAACUUGCAUAUGAACAUUUAAUGUUUUUACUCAGAUGAAAUCACAGGAAAAUAGCAAAGACAGCACAGCUUAUUCGAACUUCCCCACUAGUUUAUUAUUUAUUGAAACAAUUGUAAAUAUUUAUUAGACAUCCACGCCGCAAAGCUUUAACUCCAAAAACAUUCUGGCUAAACAAGAAGAGACGCAUACAUUCAAUUCAUAAGUUAAUUAAGUCAAUGUGCAAAGCAUAUGUGUAUUCUAGAGUUUAAGUUGUAGAGCCGAGUAGUCUUAAACCGAGCACCUAGUGCCGAGCAGUGCUUUUCCACCUGGCCAACUGGAGCGACUGUUGCAGGCGGCAUUUUCAUAUUGAAAAUGCAUUUUGGCCAGUGCACAGUUGGCUUUCCAGUUGGCCAGAAUGUCAGUCAGCAGUUAGUUAGCCUUUGGUUAGCCAACGGCUAUUGGGCCAUUAAGUCAAUUUGCUUUUUAGAACACCGCGGGCAUUGCGUGCAGCUAAAUACCUCAUUAGAUAUAAUUUAAAGUGCGAGAUGGAUGGCGGCAAUAGGUCAAAGGUCGGAGCCAUCGGCACGGCCCAUGCAUAAUGCAUGGAAAAUGUUCGAUUGCCCCUGGCAUUUGUAUCGUUUGCUUUACUAAGCUGCAGGCCAGAAAGCUUUAUACCUUAAGUUCUCCUGCGUUGAUUUCCCUUGGCUGCACAAAAAGGCAACAAAAGCAACACUCACACAACACAAAACAACCUCGAAUUUAUAUUUCUAAAGUUUAUAUUUUAUAAAGAGUGUGUGCAUAGGAAAUAUCUAUAAAUAUUCAUGCAUGUGUGUCGGACAAAGGAAAUAUUUCAAAACCAAUUAUUGUGAUGUUGAGCAAGGGGGCAACCAAGAAUGUAAUUUCGAAAUGCAUUAAAAAUAACUUAAAACAUGUAUUAAUAGUUAUACUAUAUACAAGCUUAUGUGUGUAUACAUACUGUACUAAAUAGUGAUAUUUUUUCAAAUUUAUUCAACUGUCAUUCGCUAAACCAUUCGAUGUAAGCGCAAAAAGCAAGUGUAAAACCAAACCAAGUUCAAUGUGACAAAUUAGCUUUUAAUCCGAAAAGAAAAGCAACUAUUGGUGGCUGAUGCAAGUCAAAUCCGGUAUAUUCCAGCCAAGCUGCUAAUAAAUUCGAAAACGAAACACAACCAAACCAUACCAAACCACAAAAAGAGCAAGAAACUAUUCAAAUAAAAGAUUAUGUGUCUUAAAAGAAUUAA